GAAGCAUUUACAGAUGAACAUCGGCGGUUUCCGGACAAAUUUGUUUUGAAUUUUGGGAUAAGCUGAAGUGAGAGACUGUCAGCUCCACUACAGGCUACACGCAGACUGCUGUUUGACACUGAGUUGUGUGUUUGUGUGAGACAGACAUGUCCACGCUGUUCCCCUCUUUGUUCCCACGGAUAACCGAGUCUCUGUGGUUCAAUUUGGACCGGCCGUGCGUGGAUGAGGCCGAGCUUCAUCAGCAAGAGCAGCAGCACCAAACCUGGUUGCAGAGCAUUGCUGAAAAAGACAACAACCUUAUGCCCAUUGGAAAACCUAUAUUUGAGGGAGGUUAUGAGGAUGAGGAAGAAGAAGAUGAUGAGGAUGAGGAAGACAGUGAGGAAGACUCAGAAGAUGAAGAAGACAUGCAGGACAUGGACGAGAUGAAUGACUACAACGAGUCUCCUGAUGAUGGGGAGAUAAAUGAGGUGGACAUGGAGGGACCAGACCAGGACCAGGACCAGUGGAUGAUUUAGAUCAAAAGACAUUUUUAUUUUUAGUCUCCAUCACACCAUGACUCUAGGUUUAUGCUGACUGAUGCCCGCUCAGUCUGCUGCACAGAUAUAUUUUGAGUUAUCAGAAAAAAAAAACAGUUGCAUCAAAGCAUACCAUUAUGUCUUUCUUGCCAUUAGUGUCUCAUUUUAGCUUUGAAAACCCUGGAUAUUCACUGUGAGUGUUUCUGCUUGGUUCACAUUUACACCCUUACAAAAGCUUUGGGAGUGAAUAUUAACAUGAAUGUACAUGAACUGUGUUGUAACCCUGUCAAAUUGUCAGUUAUGCGCCUUUACUCUACGGUGUCUCCAAACAGCUGACUGAGCUCAAACUACACUUCGGUCAGCUAAAUAAUUUGUCACUCAUAAAGGAGAUGGUCCGAUCCUUCACCAUAUACAUUUUUUUCUUGAGUUAAAGUGUUACAUGGCAGAGGUGUGUUAACUGUAAUUCACACCCAUAGUAAAUGCACCUCUCUGCUUUUCAUAACAGCUUGUGAAAUAGCAAUAUUCUGUAGUUACUGUAUAAGGUCUCUGUAAAAUGUAUUUAAUAUUUAAGUAUAUUUUUAUAGCCUUUAUGACCAUUAGUUGGACUAGGAGUAUACUGUACACGUAUAUUCUUAUGUUCACCGAGUGCUUGUUUGACUCUUUGUAUUUAAAUGAAUGAAGGCCUAUUUGUAUUAAAUGAAACCAUUUUUAUUAAACCAUGUUUUUUGUUUUGUGCGUU